CUGCAGUGGCCAAUUUACACUUAAGUGUCCGGAAUUUAUGUACAGAACGGUAAAAUCUGAUUUUAUGUUAGUCUCUCCUUAAUUCGUCUCUCUUUUGACCUACAACUAGGCUAUUCAGGUGUGAGAAGGAGUGAUAUAAUCUGUAUCUAGGCCUAUAGGAGAAAAUGAGCGUUGCGUGUCUCCGAGUGAGAGCCGUGUGCCGAGCGGUGGUCCACGGCAGAUACUUCAGUAGGACGAGCGCAGUCAACAUGUCGGCUAAGGUAGGUGACAGUCUCCCUGUAGUGGAUCUGUUUGAGGAUACCCCAGACAACAAGGUUAACACCAAGGAUGCAUUCACGAAAGGGAAACACAUCAUUUUCGGCGUACCUGGGGCCUUCACACCUGGCUGUUCCAAAACUCAUCUGCCUGGCUACAUUAAGGAUUCUGAGAAAUUGAAGGCCAAGGGUAUAUUAUCUGUGACCUGUGUGUCUGUUAACGAUCCUUUUGUCAUGAAAGCCUGGGGUGAAAAUCAAAAGGCGGCAGGCAAGGUCAGGAUGUUAGCAGAUACAUGUGGAGACUUCACAAAUAAAAUGGGUCUAACCUUGGACGUAGCAGCUAUACUGGGUAAUGCUAGAUGUAAGAGGUUUACUAUGGUUGUGAAUGACGGUAUGAUUGAGAAGCUGAAUGUGGAACCCGAUGGUACUGGGCUCACCUGCUCUCUGUCUACAAGCCUGUAUGAAGAACUGUAACCGGAUUCUGACAAAGACCUACUUGGUCCUGCAAGGUCUUGAAGGCUCUUGUUUACUUUUAACUCCAUUUGCCAUAGCUUUGCAUUUAUAUUUGUGUGCAGUUGUGUAUUUUAUAGACAUGUCAAAAUAAAGAGAACAGUAUUUGUUGGUGUUGGAAUUUAAAAGAAUAUUUGUGAAGGAAAAUUUUCAUUUGUUUGAGUAGUUAAUGAAGUAUUGUCUUCAGUUUAUUAGACUGCAUAGCCAAGGUGAGAAGACAAUUAAAGUGUAGCAUACAUUAUUUUGAAUUCACUACAGCUUUUCACAAUUUAUGUGAAGCAUUUAUGUGUUACAGAUAACUGUCAGUAUUAAUAUAGUUAAUAAACAGCAAUAGUACUAGAUUAUUUUUUAUUGUUUGGCUGGAGAGAAGACAGUGCUUUGUAUACACUGGAUAUCUUAUAUACUCUUCAAACUUAAUUAAUUCUUCAUGGGAAACUUUCUUUGGUCACUGAAAAAAAACAACAACAAACAAACAAAAAAAACCCAGAUCAAAUAUGUAUAAUGUAGGGCCUGUAUUACAUAUUUGUCAGUGACUAUGAAUCUCACUCUCUGUUCAUGUCAAAGAUUAUUGUAAUGCUUUACCAAGUCGACUGACCUCACUAAGUUAUUUUGAUGUUGAUAAACAUGUGUAAAGAUUCUUGAGAAAUGCUCCUAUAAACUAACUACAUUAUUUUGAUAAACCUGUGCUAUGGUUAAGAGUCAGCUGCUAAACUUAUUGGAGUUGAUUUAGUGUUAAUAAGCCUGAUCUAAGGAACUGCUAUCAGAGAAAUAAAAGUGUAGUUACAAUAAUAUCAAGAUCUAUAUAUUAAUGGUCCUGGAGCGCAGGUACUAGGCAGGUACUAGGCAGGUUUGCUACUCUCUACAAAGAAACUUGUUUACAUUAUCUGAGCACAUUUACAAGUAUUUACAUAAGAUGUGGCUAAAGUUAAAUUUAUUAUAUACAUUUGUUUGCUUGGUAAAAUCAUGUGUACGCUUGUGUUUAAAAUGUUUGGUUUGAUGUAUAUGUAAUCGGGGAUCACGAAAGGAACGUAGACCUUUGUUGUACACAGUCUUCCUUUUGUAUAAAACGUGAUAUUUUGGUCAUUGUGUCGAUGUUCAGGCAUUAAAACAAUAUGAAGUACAUGUACACCUAAUAGUCAGUACACGAAUUGUCUAAUAAAGGAUCCAAAAGUUGCCUCGCUUCAUUGCAUUGAUGACAUAUACGCAAGAACGAUAUUAAAAAUAAUCUACAUUUUGUUUUGAAUAAAGACUUCUGGAUGAGUCUAGGUUUUAUCUGUGCUUGGGAAUAUAUACACACAGUCAUGUAGUGUACUGUUUAUAUGUGUGAAAAGAAUAAAAAGAAAAGGAAAUACUCAACUUUC